AUGGCUCCCGGGUCCCAGCCAAGCACCUUGAGCACGAGGCUCCAGGCUAAACGUGUGUAUAUAAAGGCGUGUAUAGGUGUUAUAUACUGGUGUGUAUACAGAUAUAGGUGUAUAUACAGAUACAGGUGUAAAGGUGUUCUCUCCCCCAGGUGUCCCUGCUGGAGUACAGGAAGCGUCAGAGAGAGGCCCGGGGGAGCGACUGCAGCUCCCCCGUCACAGUGCCUCCUCUGGCCAGGCUGGGCAGUGCGGCGGAGGACGGCCCUGCUGCCAUGGAGACGACCCCGGAGCCCGAGGGCCCCCCGGGGGAGAUGGAGGGGAGAGAGGAGGCGAGAUCGACAGCUUCCUGAUCCCCAGCCCUGUUCUCCUGUGCCCGGCCCCGUGUUGGAAGAGGACAGCGCCCCCUGUGUGUCACCCUGUGUCCAGCAGGCCCCACCGGCCCCCAGUAAAGCACAGUGUGGCCCCCGCUGCGUCCCCCCCGGGCCCCCAGCCCCUCCCUGCCCUCUCGCCCCUGUCCCAGACCCCCCCCCCCCGCUGUGGCCUGUCCCAGGGUACCAGCCUGUGUGGGGGUGUCUCCUGUUACCCCCUCCCCCUCGGGGCCCAGAGAAGCCCAGCACCGUCCACUUCUUGUCUCUGAAGCAGGCCCCGCCCCCAUGGCGGCACCCGCCCCCCUUUCCGACAGACCCCGCCCACCCAGCCCCCGGCCACGCCCCCUCCGCUGCCCACAGGCUCUCGGUGAGCCCCGGGCCCCGCCCCCUGCCACACCACUGGCUGCCUGGGUGGCUCUGGCUCCGCCCACAGGAAGUAGCACUCGCCGUGCACACCGGGGGCAGAAACCGGACUCCGAAAACGGCCGGGCUUUUUAAAAGACUGAAGAGGAGGAGAGAGACACAGUCUUGUAAAGAGACUUUCUGUGAAAACACGGAUGUUAUACGGUGCUUUUCGCCCAACUCUCUGGCACUGUCGGAACUGAAGACUAUUUUCACUGUUUCUUUUCUUAGUUUCCCCACCUGUGGCUGAAAGCUCUGUUUGUUUGUUUACCUGUCUGUUCGAGUCCUCGUUCCUCCGGAUGGCUGUACAUUCCAUCGUCUUUUUCUUUCCUCUGAUGUUUUUUUAAAUGCAUUUAUUUGUUUAUUUAGUGGUUCAUUUUAGCAAAAGGCGGGGGGAGGGGGGAAGGGAAGUAUUUUGUACAAAGAAAUUACAGAAUUAUUAUUUUUGUUAUUCCGAUCUGUAACUAUAUCUGCAUCGCUGCAGAGAUUUGGAGCGAAAAAAAUAAUAUCCUGGGAGUUUGCAUCAGGGCCUCCUGUUCUGUUGGUGUGUGAGUGUGUGAGUGUGUGAGUGUGUGAGUGUGUGAGUGUGUGAGUGUGUGGUAGAGAAUGGACAGGAGAGUGAGUUGAUAUCUGCUUGCCUUUCGGGAAGCCUGACUCAGCGGGUUUAUUUUUGGAGUGGAGGGUUAUUUGUAGAAAGUGUAAAUGGAUGUAAAGUGAGUUCCUGGCUGUAAAUAGUGAGUUCCUGCCUUUUCUAUGCCUGUACAUGGCCCCCCAGCCCGUUUUAUAAAUAUGAGAAUUCUA